UCCCCUUGUUGAUGAGAGCUCGCUGUCCUGGAGGACUACGCAGAUCCCUUCGAUGCGGCCCAGGUGGCAGGUAGCCAGGCAGGGCUGGAGAAGGUGAUGGAGAAUGACGGGUAUAUGGAGCCCUAUGAAGCCCAGAAGAUGAUGGCUGAGAUCCGCCAGAAGGGCUUACGAGAGGCUCCCGCCCGGCCGCUGCACCUCUACGACACUCCUUAYGAGCCUGUGCUGGACACGGACAGCGAGCGCCCAGCGUGCCCCAGRCCCAGGGAGUCCCGGCUGCCCGAGGAUGAUGAGCGGCCACCAGAGGAAUAUGACCAGCCCUGGGAGUGGAAGAAAGAGCGGAUCUCCAAAGCCUUUGCAGUUGAAAUCAAGGUCAUUAAAGACCUGCCAUGGCCCCCGCCGGUGGGACAGCUGGACAGCGGUGAAAGCCCCCCGGAGGGGGAGGCUGGUGCCCCCAUCCCUCUGCAGCAYGGCCAGCACAGCUACGAAGACGCCAAUGGUCAAUCGGAGGGGCCGGGAUACGGCCGCACCUCUCCCUGCAGGGAGGAGAAGUCCAGGGCUGCCCUCAGGCAUGGCUCCAGCAGCCUCAAGAGCACAAAGACGCUGAUCUCGGAGCCUGGCCCCUUUGUCGGGGAGAGGAUUGACCCUGCCCUGCCCCUGGAGAGCCAGUGCUGGUACCACGGGGCCAUCAGCCGGACGGACGCAGAGACGCUGCUGAGGCUGUGCAAGGAAGCCAGUUACCUGGUGCGCAACAGCGAGACCAGCAAGAACGACUUCUCCCUSUCCUUGAAGAGCAGCCAGGGCUUCAUGCACAUGAAACUGUCCCGGACGCAGGAGAACAAGUACGUGCUGGGUCAGCACAGCCCGCCCUUUGACAGCGUGCCGGAGAUCAUCCAUCACUACGCCAGCCGCAAGCUGCCCAUCAAGGGGGCUGAGCACAUGUCCUUGCUUUAUCCAGUGGCUAUCCGUACCCUAUAGUGCUCACCCCAUGAGUCAGUCUCAAAGCUGGGUGCCAAAACUGGCCCAUCUGCAGGGCCGAGCGCCACUGUGCCGAGGAUGGGCUCCAAACCGUCAGCCCACGAGCAGCUCACUGGGCACAGCCAGAGCUGUUGGGGAUUGGUGCAGCCAGGCCCCCGAUCUGCUCUCCAGGGACUCCCAUGCACUGGUUUGCCUGCUGGCAUGGCACUGGAAGGACMCCCUGUGUGAGGAGCUGAGUGGGGCUCGCUGGCUGUCCACACCUGCCUCCAGGCAGAGCUUGGGAUACCAGAACAGGAGCUGGGACCUUGGAGAGUCCAGGGAGGGGGCACUGGGUGUGAGUACGGGGAUAAAUCGGCCGGGAGCAGGCCUGARGUGCCUCCGUGAGGGUGCCUAGCUCUGCCCAUGAGAGACAGAACAGCUGUGCCCUCAGGAAGGAGGCUGGCAACAGUGAGCAGGACCUGCCUGGGGCCACUGAGACAUGUGGGGGCCAGGCAGUCUGCCCUCACCUGCACCAGUGCUCGGUACUCACUGCCAUCCUUUGCCAAAUGUAAAUAGUGACUGGCCUUGGCCGUGUGUGCAGCACCACUGCCUAAUAAAGUGGUGCACGGUUGCCUCCUGCUCCAUGGGACUGUGUGCCCACAUCCCACCACCAGUGGGGGAUCAGUGUGGCAAAAUAUUGGGAAGGGGAAUUUUGUUAUACAAAAGUGGGUUGAUUUGCCCUGCGCCCUUGCAUACAUUGAGAUCGGCGUGCCCGUCCAGCCAGUUCAAUCCUCUGAGACACAGGAGACAAGAGAUGCUGGUGGUCAUACCCUUGCCACUGCUUGUGGGCGGUGAUGAGCUGAUUUUGGACUUGCCURUUACUCCCUGUAGAAGGGGGUGCUCUUUGGGAUCUUUUGCCUUCUUGUUUUCCUUCAUCUCUCACAAAUCUUAGGCAAAAUCCCUGAAUUUGACAGAGCUCCUGAUCUCCUCCUCUGAAAAUGUACCGGUUCCAAUCCUGUUCUUUGUCUUCCUGACACCUUUGUCUUUGGGCCAGCUUGCUCCUCUUUUUGGCUGAGGCUCUCUCUAGUGCUCYGUACUGUUUCAUGCAUAUCUUGCCUUUUAACCUUGUUCCUGCUCCUGUACCCAUGCACAUACAUUUUCUCUAUCUGUGCUUAAGCCUACGUUCCAUCUCACUGUUACUCCCCAGCAGCACAUUCCCCUCUGCUCCCUGRGUGGGAGCGACAGCAGCAAAUUUGCUGCUGGACCAGCAAAACCUUUUCCGCAAGUGGAGCAAAGCCCUCAGGCAUCUGUGGGAUGAGUUAGCAGUAGCUUGAUGAAGGCUUUGUGAAAAAGUAUCAUAUUCCCCUCUGUCUGGUGCCAGGAAGAAGCUCUCCCUGCUGGUUGCUAGUGGGGACUGAGGUGAUUGAUGGGGCUGCGGGGACCUUGCGUGGGUGAGCACUGCAGCAACCCUGCUCUACCAUCCGUGGCUCUGGGGUUUUUCAGACUCAAUCUUAGCUGGAGGAUGGCUGUCCUGGCUCCCCUGCACAGUUUUGAGCUUCUGUAGGGGCCCUGGGGCAUGGCCAUUGUGGUCUGUGAGUGCACCCCGUGGUUGGGGGCCUGCAGAACUAUGGUGGUUUGUUCYAGGAUGCCUCAGCCUCUGCCGCUCCUUAAAAGGCAGCAGAUUGAGCUGGUCGAUGUUUCCUUACAGCCCACUUGGCUGCCUCUCCAUCCCAGGGAGGCAUUUUGUCUGGCAGGGAUGGAGGUCACUCCAGURGGAGGGCUUUUCUCCCAGAGGCUGCCAGAAGGGCUGGAGAUGCAGAAAUCUGUGGAGGUGAUGCUGGGUGCCCYUUCUGCACUCAGAAGGUUUCGAGUGCCAUUUAGCAGCCCUGCUGUGCCCUGAUGGUGCCAGUGAAGAGCUCAUCAUUGGGGAUCCUCUGCCCUCUCAGAGGCUAUGGGUGGGAAAGAAGAGGCUUCUUGGGUCUGUGCAGCUCCCCAGAUAGUUUAGGGCUGUUUCUUGAGGAACUGUGGCAGGGAGCAAACUGCCUGGGAGUGAGUGCUUGCUUUGUGGUGAAAUCUUCUCAAGCAGCCUGGCUCCAUCUCAGGAGCAUCCCUGCUGAGCACAGGGAUGAGAGGAAUGAAACYUGUGUGCAUUGCACCAGCCCCCAGAACCAGUUAUGGGCCAGCAGGAUUGCUCUGUAGCUGGGCUGUGUGUCCAUGUGCUUCAGCAAAGCAGCCCUUCAUCGUUGCUGUGGGAAUUAGAUCCCUGUUGAGCCCUCUCUUCUCCAGGMGAAAGAAGUGAAACUGGCUUGUUCGGCCCUGACCAUCCUCAGCGAGGCUCUCUUUGUGUACUUGGGAACAGUAUCCAGGUAUGGUCUCACCCAUGCCAAAUAAAAGGAAAURACUCCUUCCUUUGUCCUGACCACUGAAAAUGUAUGGCUCCAGUUCUAGCAGCCUCAGUGAUGGGAGGUAAACAGCAGCUUCCCAGAAAAUUUGAACKGAAUCUCUGUUAAAAGGAUAUUUUAGUGUUGCCUUUGCCAUCCUGUGACUGAAGUGAGCAUUGUUUGGGAAUGGGGUGAGGGCAGGCAUCCAGCAGUGCUGGAGAGGUGACAGGGAUCUCCAUUCAUGAGGAUGCUAAUCCCCAGGAGGGACAAGGGCAUGAGCAGCCUCAUGUGGCUUUGAGGUUAACCUCAACCCUGUUGGGAGCAUAAAGUUUGACCAAAGACCUUUGUUUGUAAUAAUUCCCAAUCCCCYGGGUCCUCCCACCUGCCUGAGUUUUGUGUCCCUCCUCACUGCAAGUGAAACAGCUCUCAUUCAUUGCCUGCUAGUCCCUCAUUAAGCCCUCCAUAAUCGGCAGGCUGUUUUAGCACACUGUGGGUCCUGAUAAUGAAGGAAGGAAGUUUGUUUUGUAAUUGGAUUAGCACUGCUGGGAACAGCUUGUGCAUGGUGUCAGGGCUGAGCUGGUGAGGCUCCAGCCUCCUGCCACUGUGCUGGGUUGUGGAUCAGCCUGGGGCUGUGUUGCCCCUGCACAGGACUUUACUGACCAAAAUGAUGCUCAUGGUGCUCUCCCAUGAGGACAAGGCUGAAGGAGUUCAGGCURUUCAGCCUGGAGAGGACAGGACUCCAGGGAGACCUUAAAGCCCCUUUCAGUGCCCACAGGGGCUCCUGGAGAGGGACUUUGGACAAGGGCCUGGAGUGACAGGACWGGGGAGAAUGGUUUCAAACUCAAAGAGGGCAGGUUUAGAUGAGAUAGGAAGAAUUCUUGGCUGAGAGGGUGGUGAGGUCCUGGCAUGGGUUGCCCAGAGAUGCUGUGGCUGUCCCAUCCCUGAAAGUGUUCCAAGCCAGGUUGGAUGGGGCUUGGAGCAAACUGGUCUAKUGSAAGGUGUCCCUGCCCAUAGCAAGGGAUUGGAAGAAGAUGAGCUUUAAGGUCCCUUCCAACCCACAUCAUUCUGUGAUUCUAUGAUAAGAUGUAGUUUUGCARAAUGGAGGUAAACAAGAGGGAUAAAAGACUGAUUGAGGGCAGAACUGGAGCUUGCCCACCUGGGAAGCUGGGGUGUGUUUGCUGAAUUUUGUCCCUAAUAUCUCCCACCUGCUGGAAAUGAAACGCUUUGGUUCGUGCCAAGCCUCACAUCACCCGUCCCCAGCACAGGUCAUCAAAGGCUCCUGAGUACCUUAGAGGUUGGAGAGAACCAGCAGCUGAUCCUUGUGGUUGUGGGUUAAACACUCACUUUGUUUAGGGUGUGCUCUGUCAUCCAUGCCCCCUUCCUGCCCCUCUGGCCUGGAAAAGUUCCCUGAAGCCCAAGCCUGAUGAUUAUUUGAAACMUCAGCUUUAGCAGGGAUGCUUAAGUUUCUUGAGUAUCCCAGAGAAUGCCGUACCCUGUGUUUUGCCUCCAACCACAGCAAUCUGYAGGAGGUUCAAAUAACUCAAUAGCKCAGCUGCCASAGUUUAGAGCAAAGGAGAGAAAUUUAUUCUGAUCCCUGCAGGCUGCCAGUGGAAUGUGCAGGGUAGCACAUACAUAGCACACAUGCACUGGCACAGAUGUGGUCUAUGAAUACCUCCUCUCUAAUCUUCUCCUGAAGACCAAAUGUUUGACCCAAGGGACAAGUUUCAGCUUCGGUCUUGGAGACCACCCUUACUGAGUCUCUUCAGUACUGCUCCCAGCAUCCUUCCAAACCACUCACUUGCUCCUGGAGUCCUGUUUGAAAAUUGUCCCAAGACAUUUGUGCUUGGAUGCAUCCUCCUAAUUUUGAAUCUACACUUGUGAGCAGUUCUCUCCUUUUCACUGCACAAUUUUGGAAGCCUGUUGCCAAACCAGCAUGCUCAGCCACACAGAAGGGGAAAUUGUUCUAAGCUAAAGGAACAUCGAUUUAGGUUAGAUACAAGGAGUAUUUUACAGUGUGUGGUGAAACCCUGACACAGGUUGUUCAGAGAGGUGGUGGAKAUUCCAUGUGGCCAGGUUGUAAGGGCUUGGAGCAACCUGAUUUAAUUGAAGAUGUCUCUGCUCACAAUAGGAGGUUGGACUAGAUGACCUUUAAAGGUCCCUUCUGACCCAAGCCUAGGAUUCUACAAUCUUCCAGGUGAGACCAUCCCAGUGCCUUGCUAGUGAUGCAGCUGUGUUCCUCCCCAGAAUGCGUCACAGCCAUGAUAAUUCUACACUCCCAGCCCUGCACUUGUUAAUGUUAGUAGGGUCAUCCAAAGACUGGGGAACAGUGCUGGAAGCUGCUCAGUGACAUCCCUGUAACACAGCUCAACAUUUUCUUGGUUAGCUGGUUCCUCCUCUUGCUAAAUCCAUACCCAUGACUUCCAGCAUUGGAAACUGGUCCAUACUGGGUGCAAAUCAAACUUCUUCCUUAAAUCUAACCAGGCUAAACCAUCAUAAAAGCAUAGAAUCAUAGAAUGSUUUAGGUAGGAAGGCACCUUAAAGCUCAUCUUGUUCCAGCGCUGUCRUUGGCAGGGACACCUUCCACUGCAAUGCUCUGCAUCACCUGAUUGAAGUUAAGUAUCAAAAAGGAAUCAUUACUUUGUCCUGAGACAAUACAUCUGUGAUCAAUUCUGUUUACAUUUGCAUUUCUAUCUGGGAGCUGAGUUUCCUUCAAAAAAAUCUCAGACAUGAAUGUCUAUAUAUAUUUGAAUCCUUCUUUUCCAUUUUCUGGAGGUGGAAGGCACAUUUGCUGCAUUUGUUUG